AUGCACUAUGUGAUCUCAAUAGACCCCAAACAACUUCGAACAACAGCAGUAUUUUCAGCUAGCACUUUGCAAUGCCGGGUCGACGAUCCAUUGUCAUGUAGUCAAGCAAAGCACGAGGUGUGCGUGUUCGCGAAUGGUCAGUACAAAUGCGAAUGUCCGACAGGAGUGAAUCGACUAGCCGAUGGACGAUGUCUGUGGGUGGACGAAUGCGCUCGGCCGUCACUAAACAAUUGCCAUAAAGACGCUAAUUGCAUCGAUCAGCAAGAAGGCUAUACGUGUGAAUGCAAGCCCGGAUUUGCCGACGUCUCCACGGAUCGCACCAAUAAACCAGGCCGGAUUUGCCGAAAGACAAGUAAUGAGUGCAGUCAAAAAGAGACGUAUGGUGUCGACUGUGACCCGAACGCGGCCUGCGUUGACACUCCGGAAGGAUUUCAAUGCGUCUGUCAACCAGGUUUCGCCGAUGUUUCGUCGUCGGUCAGCAAAAUGCCCGGACGAAAAUGCGUCGAGGUAGUGAAUGAAUGUACCACCGGAAAAGCGGACUGUUCUUGUAACGCUGACUGCUUUGAUCGUGACGAGGGCUACGAAUGCAAAUGUCGCCCUGGAUUCGUCGACGCUUCACCGGACACCGCUAAGUAUCCUGGACGAGUCUGCAAUCGGCCGAAAUCCCCUGAGCACUACGGACAAACCAGUCGACAGCCUCAGUGCACUAGUUCGGAGCAGUGUGGCCCGAAUGAGAGAGUGCCGAUUCAACGCCAAAGGCGAGAUGGUCUGCCAAUGCAAACGUGGAUCCGUUCAACAGAGUGA